AAGAAUUAAUCAUUUUUACAGCAGACGUCAGCAGGCAAGCAUCAGGAAAUUGUUCUGUUAUCACUUCCAAGUUUACUCGACAGCUUCAUCAAGAUGUUCCGAGCCAUAGCCGCUAUCAUCCUCGUCAGCGUUAUCGCUUUCGUACACGGUCUCUCCGAAGAGCAGGCCGAACUCUUUGUGACCACGGGGCAGACGGAAAUGAACACCGGCCUGGUCGGAUGGGUGUCCGUCACCAGUUACAACCGAAAUAUCUGGCUCAUCAAAUCCAAUGACAUUCCCGACCAUGACACCGGGGUUUUCCCAACCCGAGGGGAAAACCCUAACGAGAUCGAAGAACAAGACUUCAGUUAUCGGAUAGCGAAGAAUCCCGUGGUCAACGAAGAGUCUACCUGCCUUCCUUUGGGACCCAUCGCUAUUGCCACCAAUGGUAUAGUCAUGUACAACCCCUGGGAUACUGACGACGAGAAUGCGGUGGAGGGCGAGGGCGCCGAGGUGUUUGACGAGUGCGACGGGCAUCCAGAUGGCCUGGGAAGGUACCACUAUCACAAGCAGCCAUCAAGCUGCCUCUUCACCAUUAUUGAAGGAGAGCCAUCCCCUCUCGUUGGCGUCGCCUUCGACGGCUUUGCCAUCUACGGACCCGUCAAUGAGUACGGUGUACUGCUGACAUCAGACGACCUCGACGAAUGCCAUGGUCGUUACAAUAGUGGUGGCGUCUACCAAUACCACACCACUGCUGACUUCCCCUACAUCCUCGGUUGCUUCCGCGGUACCCCGAAGAACGUCAACACAAACAGCGAAAAUUGCAACAAGGCUUCGGAGACCGAUGAAGAUGGCAACUUGUUGCCAUAAGGUUGUUCGGGCAGCCAAGUCUGUCAUGGCCGGUCAAGGUGCAUAUAGCAUGGCAAUGACCGAGAUAAUGUUUCCAAUUACAUAAUAAUCAAUCUUUAGUUUCUUUUCUAUCAGAAAUCUAUACCUUGUAUUUCUGUCAUUUGACAUUCUUUCUCUAGCAUUUAUUGUUAUUUUUGGACAGUUUUCAUGAUUUUCACACAAUUCGACCCCUCUCCCUUUCUGAUAAUUCUGGAUCAUUUCAUGGGCAUAGGUUCCCAUGUCUUGAAACGAAUUCAAAUGAGGUUAAUGAAAUACUUUUUCAUAAAUUCCCUUGAUUUUUCUUUAGAAUUGGCUAGAGUUUACCUCUCUGAUGGACACGAGUGCCAAAUUAAACUAUGAUUAAUACUAAGUUUAUUCAUUAUUGAUAUGUAUGUUCGCUUUUCAUUGAUUCUAAUAAAUACGUCACAUCAUAAUCUAUAUAAAGUGUUAUGCC